GCGCCAGUGCACUUCACGCACCGCGCGUGCCUUGUCGACAGACUCUACGGGGCGGCGGCUGUCGCUGCCGGGCAUCGCCGUCGGCCCGCCGAGCCGGCGAGGAGCCUUUGCGCGCGCAGGUCGGCAGCCAUGCUGGUCAGGCGUCGUGGGAAGCAUUUGCGAUGCUCCUCACGGCGAAGCUGUGGAUCUUGCCAAAGAGGUCCGGCGGAUCAUCACCCUCGCGGGUGACGCGCAAGGCGCGCUUGCAGCGCUGGUCCGGCUACGUGGAGACUGGACAAUCAUCGACGAUGUGGCCAGGGAGCUCGCCCUCCAGCUGGCCCGUGUGGGCCGUGCUUUCGAUGGCCUCCAAGUCUGGGCGGAGCAGAACAAGCUCGCGGACGCGCUGAGCCGGGCUACGGUCCCGCACGCGAAUGGCCUGGCUCUGCGAGUGUUGCGG